AGCCUUUGAUCUAGCCGCUGUCAAAACAUGUCUCCUCUUUAGUCACGGAAAUACAAUUUAUGCCCAUUAUGCUGUUUUAUAGAUUAGAUCAGCGGAACUGGCAUCGUUGGCUGCAACUUCUGCGGUAGGCAAAGGGACCGAAACAGUCGCAGACGUUCACUUGUGAAGGACCGAAGACACACACACGCAGACUGGCGCGCGCGCAGGCUCCCUCUGUGGGUGUGGGUGGGCGUUCGGAGACCACCCAGUGAGAACGCGACCUGUUAAUCACGCCCAAGGUUCAAAGGUUCAUUGGAACUGGCAGGACUCGGCCAUUGGACGCUCAGUGGAGGAGCUGAGACCGGAGACGCUCCUAUAGUGGCUGGAGAACCGUGAGAACCAGCAGUCCACGCACGAAGAGAGGCGGUCUGCCUGUUUCGGCCCCCCCACCCCGAAGGAAGGAGGCAGCCCACUUUUUUUUUUUUUUUCCAGAAAUGUAUAGGCUGGCACACGAGCCCUGAAGUGUUUCCAACUCGUUUCGUCUUCGCAGAACUUACUUUAUGGAGUAACGGCCAUCCAGCAGGCGAGCGAUGCUCAUGGCGUAAACCUGAGGUCCGCUGGCAACCCACCCACAACUUCUGCGAAACCCCCCCCCCCCCCCCCCCCUUCCUUCAUGGCAACCUGCAGAUAGACGGAAGCUUCAGAGCAGGGCUCGCAUUUUUUUUCAGGGACCUCAUCGUUUCAUCCACCUUUCAAAACCAGGGGCUGCGGAAAGUCGACGGCGCAAGGCAGGAGCCCCCCACCCACCUCGGGUACGGGACCACCGAAUUAACCUUCAAGCAUGUUUGAUAACACGCAGUAUCCGUACAACUGCUUUAAUUAUGACGGAGAGGAGUAUCCCACCUGCAGCUCCGACGAGGAGAAGAAGAUCUCCAGACCCGCGUACAGCUACAUCGCCCUCAUUGCCAUGGCCAUCCAGCAGAGUCCUGGCCAGAAGGUCACCCUCUCAGGCAUUUAUGAGUUCAUUAUGAAGAAGUUUCCGUACUACCGAUCCAACCAGAGAGCCUGGCAGAACUCCAUCCGCCACAACCUGUCCCUGAACAGCUGCUUUGUGAAGGUCCCGAGAACAGAAGGGAACGACAAAGGCAAAGGCAACUACUGGACGUUUGCCAGUGGCUGUGAGUCCAUGCUGGACUUGUUUGAAAACGGAAACUUCCGGAGGAGGCGUAGGCGGCGGAACGUGAAGUCUGCAUUCCGGGACCACGUUGAGCCAAGCGAGGAUCUCCAGACCCUGGAUGUGCCCCCUUCAAGCGGGAUUUUGCAGUGUGGUGCGCCCGGUGACGGCAAGCAGGGGUCCGCAAUCGGCUCCCACCCGUCGGACAUUUUAUUCUCCGGUAACAGCCGCACGGUAGGCCAGACAGAAUCUGAAAUUAAGUUCAGCAUCGACUACAUCUUGUCCGCUCCAGACCCCUCGCCAGGGCUGAGGCCCACCUGCAGUGGGGUGGUUGGCAGAGUUUACCUCUUAGAACCCCAGAUCAAUCUCCAGCUGUGGGCGAUGUAACUGGGAGAGCCCGAUGCAGCUGGGGGCUCGUGUUCUUCUUCUGCUGUACGUUUGCCACCCUGUGGCUCGAGCGCAGAGUUUGUCAUCGAGGGGACUGGAGUUUCAUUUAAAUGUGCCACCUAAGGGGCCCACCCAUCUGCACUGCCCACAAAUUGCAUGAAUUACAACAAAGCACCCAAACUCGUUUUGUUUCUCCACAAGACGUUGGUUUCAGGUGGUCCAAGUGUGACAUCUCCGAAGCUCACAGACUGAAUCUUCAUUUCAUACAUCACAGUAAAGACCACCCAGCGGAUGAGGAGGCCAAGGUGGAGUAACGGGCCUGGCGAUUAAACAGUAAACGAGAGAACGUCCCGGUGCACCUCGCCCUCCCAACGGCACCUAGUCCAACGGACAUGGACGGCCUAAACUUCCAACUUGGUGCUACUCAGUGUUACGGAAUGAAAGUUUGAAAUUUGUCUGUGUUGAGAUCAGUAGCUAAUUAUGCAGUUAAAAAUGUCACUUCAUACAUUUGUAUAUUGCAUCAAGUCUCCAUUAAAGUGACCACGUACUGUACCUGAGACCCCAUAUUAGUAUGUACGCUCGGCCCGUAGUGAAUACCCGCCCAAGGAACCUAACUGUGUCCGCAGCUCCAUAACUGCAUUGCUGCCACGUCCCCAUCUUUAUGCUUUUUAUAUGCCAUUCAUUUAUUAAAUGUGUCGUUGGCAAGGUG